AUGAAUGCCACCUGUCAAUUACUAGUCGAUUUGUUUAAAUUCACAGAUCAGACAUUUCCUAAAGAUAAUGACACAAUCGUCGAUGAGACUUCUGUAUCGUUGAGCAUCGAGAGUGAGAAUACGAUCCAAUGCCCACUACUCCCGCAAGCACCAACUGAGACCGAUACCACAGUGUACUGGUCAAUCUUGACUGAUAAGGACAACAAAUUUGGUAUUAUUUUUGCCAAGUUUGCUAACGGAGAUACCAUGUUAGUUCAGGAAUAUGCUGCAACGCAUGGCCCAGAAGGAAACAAUGGACUGUAUAUCGAGCGUUUUAAAAGAAGAGACGAACGGUAUUGCUGUCACGUGUUCGAGCAAGGGAAUGACCUAAGAACUGCGUGUAUCGACGUGACUUGGCUUGCUGUAGCAACUGAAAAGCGUCCCACAAUUUUAGACUGCGACUCCGCGGGCGAAAGUUGUGAGGUGAAAAUCGAACCUCACCAAGACUGCCUACAGCUUGGAUGUUCUAUCAAUGAGGUCUACCCAAAGCCUACCCUCAACUGGUCGUACACAAACUGCAAAGAACGUCCAACCUUCUUCUCAACUUCGUCAUCAACAGAAAACCCGAAAAACCGGACCAUUGAAGUUUUUAAUGUACAAUCCAAAGUUUACCUGGUUGGCUUACAACCGUCCUUCGACGAUUGUAGUUUGGUCUGUACAGCUCACGGUGAGGCCAUUCCGGACGAGAUGAAGCCAGCAAGUGUAUCCAUAACACGUCUUACGGAAACUACAACAUCCCAGAUAGUGACGAGCACACGUACCUGUCCUGUCUGCAACUGUUCCGUUUGGCGUGGUCUUUUCUCUCUGGCGAUGUUUUUUCUUGUGGUUUUUGUCCUGACUGCUGUCUUGUUGAUAUGUCCAAAAAGUCGUAAAUUUCUUCAAAAUCAUUCCGAAACCUUUCGCUGGUAUCUUGAACAGUGUGCGGAACCGAAAACAGAGAAGUCGUGGCGAGAUAUUGAGCAUGUCCCGCUUGAAGAUAGGGUAUGCCUUGAGAACCGAGGGAGCGAUGAUGUUGAAAUAACAGAUGCCAACUUUAUUUGGAAUUACGAGGGACAGUUGCUUACAGAGCCUGCUCUGGAGAUUGGGAAUGAGAGUGGAUUCCAGGCUAUCACAGACGUCAUCGGUAUCCAAGAUGGCGGCAUGGUGGUCAUUGAUUCAAAGGGCUUGCACCGAUUCACGGUUGAGUAUCAUUAUCGGUUUAUUGAUCUGUAUGAGGCCUUGGGUAACAGAGGUCACACGUGUGUUGCACAUUUUACGGAUGACAAGCUGCUGUUUGGGCUCCAAUGGGGUAGAGUUGUGAUUUUCGACAUUGUAAAUGAACAGGUCGGUAACUUUGCUUCUGUCUAUCCAGUUAAAGAUAAGACAGUGCAGUUGGCUAGCAUAGUGGUGAGUAGUUUGGGGUAUGUGUUUGCAAGUGACGAGAAUGGGAAAACAAUCUCAGUUUUUGAUCAUGAGGGUGUGUGUUUGAAACGCUUGGACACCCCAAGUAUUCAGCCAGGGUCUCUGGCACUUCAUGUCCGUAAAGAGGCGCUAAGCUUCUUCGUCACAUCGGGUGAAGUAGUAAGGAAGUAUCAUAUGUAUGGAGAGAAAAAACAAACCAAGAUAAAUCACUCCAUCCAUUUUGACAUCAACAAAGAAAGACUAGAAAGUAAGGAAUUCAAACCUGGCUAUAUAUCAGUGCAAGAAGACAAGCUUUUGGUUGUAAACCAUCUCGACAGUCCGGAGUUAUUGCAGAUUUUACAACUGAACAUUAACGAGGGGAAAUUCCUGCAUAGCAUUAUAGCUAGGUCACCUGGUAUUCGUGGCGUGAAGUUCAUCAGUGGAGACAGGAUACUUCUCUAUUCUGGUGACUCAGUUCACGUAUUUGAAAAGAAUGAUGCAAAACAAUAAUAGUUAUUUAUGAUAAAAGGCUUCUCAUACAAGACCCUUUUCCAA